CGAACGUUACGCUUAGCCAAGCGUGUUACGAAGUUGCUAGUGGCCGGCGCUAUAUUCGGGGCGCCGCGCGCUGCGGACGGUGGCCGAGAGAGGACACGUUUCCUGCCUUUCGGCCCCGUAGCCAUCUCAGUGAUGCCGUUGGCUCCGGCGGGGCCGGCGCACUUGGUGCGCUGCGGGCAGAAGGAUGAGCUGUACCGGAGCGGGCUGCGCAGCGGGGCCGGCGCAGCGCUGCACGGGCUGACGGGUGCUAAGAAAUGGCUAGAAUGGAGGAAAGAAAUUGAACUUCUUUCUGAUGUAGCAUACUUCAGCCUCACCACUUUGUCAGGUUAUCAAACUCUUGGUGAAGAGUAUGUUAAUAUUGUCCAAGUUGAUUCUUCCAAGAAGAGAAUCCCUUCUCUGCUUCGACGGGCCAUUUUGAUUUCUCUUCAUACUGUUGUGCCUUAUUUGUUGGACAAAGGAUUACUCCAUCUGGAACACGAGUUGCAAACAGAAACUGAUGGAUUUAGAGGCUUGCAAAACAGUGGUUUAUGCAGCCGUACUUUGGUACGAAGCUGGAUUCAGAAACAAGUUGGCAGAUUGACAGAAAAACAGAAGAAAAGCCUCUUACAAAUUGUGUAUGUCCUCAAGCAAUUCAUCCCCCUGUUCCGUAGGCUGCAUCUGGCAAUAUUUUAUAUAAAUGGCAUCUUCUAUCACAUCUCUAAAAGGAUCACUGGAAUAUCUUAUCUUCGUGUUCCAGGAUUGCCUGGAGAUGACCAGAGCGUUCGAUCAAGUUACAAGCUUCUUGGGAUAGUUUCACUGCUGCAUCUUGUACUGACAGUUGGUGUUCAGAUAUACAGCUUCCAACAAAGGCAAAGGGCAAGGCAGGAGUGGAAACUACACCGCAACCUUUCCUGUCCAAAAAAUCAGACGGAGGAAAAAUCUGUUAUACGCAGUUCCCGGUGCACAUUGUGCUUAGAAGAACGUAGGCAAAAGCUAUUGCAUGUUUAUUCUAGAACAAUUUUCAGCCUUAGUAGUAAAAUAACCUUGCUCUGCUAG